AUGCUCGAAAUAUUCAGAGACUCGCCUGUUGGCACCGUCCUUCGUCUCUUGACGAAGAAUCGCACCGCCCCAUACCCAGAGCAGCUCCCAACCUUCGAGCUACUAUCACACAUGCGGGCCAAAGAAGAGCAAAUACCUACGCCGGAUUCCAUCUCGACGAACGGCACCGCUGAUGCCACUGUCGUCGUAGACUGGUACAGCGCCGACGACCAGGACAAUCCCCACAACUGGAGUACCCUGAAGAAGACCUGGGUCAGCUUUCUCCUCUUGAUUUACAGCUUCUCCGCAUACAUCGGAUCCUCCAUCUACACUUCAAGCAUUCCGUCCGUCGUCCAGAAAUUUGGGGUCAGCGAGAUAGCUGCGUCGUUGGGGCUGUCCCUAUACGUCCUCGCAUACAGCAUCGGGCCCCUGAUAUGGACUCCGCUUUCCGAGAUCCCGGCUGUUGGACGAAACCCGCAGUAUAUCAUUACAUAUAUGCUUUUUGUGGUCCUGUGCGUUCCCACAGCGCUGGUCGACAAUUUCGCGGGGUUGCUCGUGUUGAGAUUUUUGUUGGGGCUCAUGUGCAGUCCGUGUUUGGCGACUGCUGGGGCGAGCUAUGCGGACUUCUUUGGGGCACGAGUACUGCCAUAUGUCAUUGCGUUGUGGGGUGGUGGUGCAACGCUUGGCCCUGCUCUGGGCCCACUGGUUGGUGGCUUUGCAGUACAAGAAGAGAACUGGCGAUGGCCUGCCUGGGAGCUUCUGUGGCUGGCAGGCCCGACCUGUAUUGCUAUGUUCCUCUCUCUGCCCGAAACAUCAACCGAUGCGAUUCUUCAUCAUCGCGCCAAACGACUUCGACGAGCUACUGGUCGUGAAAUGUUCAAGUCACGCUCCGAGAUCAGACAGGCGCAGAUGAGACCUGGGCAGAUCGCUUUCGACGCGCUGAUAAAGCCAUGGGAGAUAAAUGCGUUGGAUCCGGCGCUGCUCUUUACGACGGUAUACAUCGCUAUCACGUACGGGAUAUACUACUCGUUUUUUGAGUCAUUUCCAAUAGUAUUCCAGGGGGUAUAUGGAUUCGACCUUGGCGAGCUUGGACUCGCAUUUCUCGCUGUUCUGGCAGGCCUCCUCACGGCUAUGGUGGCGUAUAUGGCAUACUUCUAUUUCGUGGCUGACCCAAGGUUUGCAAAGAUGGAGCCGGGGUCCAUCACCCCGGAGAUGCGCCUAGUUCCAGGUCUCUUCGCGUCCUUUUGCAUUCCGGUCGGGCUGUUUCUCUUCGCUUGGACCGCGCGUCCUUCUAUCCAUUGGCUUGUCAGUCUUCUCGGCGUCGCUAUCAGCAUGUUCGGCAUCUUCAUCAUCACCCAAUGCAUCUUCAUCUACCUCCCGUUCACAUACGCGCAAUACACCGGCUCCCUUUUCGCGGCUAACGGGUUCGCGCGCGGCGCCUUCGCAUCGGGCGCAAUUCUCUUUGCUAGGCCGAUGUUCGAUACAUUGGGUGUGGACGGUGGCGUUUCGUUGCUAGCCGGGUUGACCGUGCUCUGUGUGGUUGGCAUUUAUCUGAUCUAUUUCUAUGGAGCAACAUUGCGGAAGAAGAGUCGAUUUGCGGUAUCGUGGUAG